CCCCCCCCUUCUCCAUCCCUUUCCCUCUCUCUUCGCUCUCCCUCCCUUUCCCGCCUGCCGCUCUUGCUCGCUCCUCGCGUCCUGCCAUGACCCAUCCCGCCGCCGCUGAUGUCGUGCCGGCCGACGCGCCCGUGCCCUCGGCCAGCCUGCCGUCCAGCGUCCCGGAGGACGACAUCUCGAUGGAGGUGGACCAUGGCCAUCUUGCCGCGGAUGCCGCCCCGUCCAGCUUCACCCUGGAGGAGUCCGACCAUGCUGUGGCCUCGAUCGUCGACCUCGGCGGCAAUGAGAAAGUGGACCAGUCGCACAUCGAUGCCACGGCGCGCGCCCUCAUUCGCGCGUGGGAGUGCGACGAUGUGCAGAACGUCUUCUGCCUCGCUGUCUCCCAGCUGCCCGCCAAGUUGGGCGUCUUUGUGGGGCUGAUCGCGACGAUUGCCCGCACGGGUGGCAUUGCCCCGGCUUCGAUCAUGGAGGCCGCCGCCGCGGCGGCGGCCGCCGCGGCGGCCGUCGACCCGCCCCUCGGCGAGGGCGACCACUCCCCUGCCCCGCCCCCGCCGCAGCUGCCUGUGCGCACGGACAUCCCCACCGACCCGGCCUUCCACCAGCUGGUGGCCAGCUCCCUGGCCGGCGCCCUGGCCCGGCGAGCCUCACUUCCUUUCAGCUCGAGCAGCCGCGCGCACAGUGUCAACGGCUGGCAUGAGAGCAAGCAAAUUGUGCUCUACUUUGCCGAGCUCGUACGCGCCCGGCUGGUCGCCCCCCUGGCCCUGGUUCCCUGGAUCCGGUGCUUUGUGGAUGGUGUUCCGGAGACGGCCCCCGGCGCCGGGGCACACCAUGACACCCGCUUCCACCACCGGUACCUGCUGCAUGCGGCCAUCCUGGCCAUCAUCCGCGCUGGCCCGGCCUUCGCCCAUGCCCCCAUCGACGACCUGGUGGCCGCGGUGGACCGGCGCCUGGCCUUUGUCACCGGACUGCCCAUCGCCGAUGCCGAGGCUCUGACGGGCGAUGCAUCGGCCGCGACGGCCGGCGGGCGUCUUGCCCGGCUGGCCCGGUCCCAGGAGCUGGUCGCACUGCCGGACCGCCGGGUCCGGGCGCCCCUGCGCCCGGAGGCCGGGGCCCCCUGCCAGGCGCGCUACGUGGCCGAUGUGGACACCCUGGCCGAGGCGUGGCUGGCCUGGCGGAGCGCGCUGCAUGCGUCGCGCGCCCAGCCGGACGCCAUGCACGGCCCGGCCGACCCGCUGGUGGUGGCCCUCCGGGGCCUGGCCUCCUACCUGGCCCUGGAGGAGGCCACUGAGCAGCCGGGCCCGGGGUCGGCUCCCGCGGUCUUCCCCAUCAGCCUGCCGGAGCCCCCGCGCGUGGACGAGUACACCGGCCAGCCGCUGCCGGUGCCGGUGCUGCCCUUCCACCGGUCGUUCCUGAUCCCGCCGUCGCUGUUGGCCUGGACUCGCCAUGCGGAGGCGGCCACGGUGGCGGCCGAGCGCACGGCCACCCGGGCCGCCGGCGUGGCCCGUGUGGCGGCCCUGCGCCACUUGCGCCCGGAACGGCCGGCCCCCGGGGGGGGCGCCAUGCUCCUGACCGAGGACGACCUGGCCGCCCUGCCGGAACUCAGCGAUUCGCACACCCGGCAGGUGGUCACGGCGGCCGGUCGCUUUGGGGCCGGGCUCGUGCAGUCGGCGGUCCCCCCACUGCGGGCUUUGGCUCGCGCGGUCCUGGAAGAUGCCACCCGGGAGACGGUCUUCUUCCUGGCCCGGAAUCGGCCCGACUGCGCCAAGCACCUGCUGUCGAUGGCCAGCCUCGGGGAAGCGGCCGACGCCUCGUCGGCCACCGGGGCCUACCCCGAUGGUGGGGAUGCCGCCCCGGAGGCCGAUCGGGACUUCCCGGCGAGCGCCGCGCCGCGGCCCCCGGCCCCGGCCCCGGCCGUGGCCGCGCACAUCAUCGAGGCGCUGGUGUCCCUGGCUCUGGCCCCGCCGGCGGCUCCCUCAUCGCCGGGCGCCGGCGGCGGUGGCCUGGGCCUCGGUGGUGCCCCGGUGGAUGUGAUCUUCGUGCAGUCGGUCAUCGUCGAGAUGUGCAAGACCGAGAAGGAGGCCCUGCAGAACCAGCAGACCGGGCUCGGGGGCUUUGCCGGGGCCGUGGCGGCCGGCGGGCCAGCCGGCCCGGGCGCCACCGGGGCCGGGGCCGCCGUCGGCACCGGGCCCGUCGGGGCCUCCUCGCCCGCCGGCACCGGGAUCUGCUCGCUGGCGGUGUCCGCCAUUGCGGAUGCCUUCCUGCGGGAUGCCAUUGCCCUGGACACGGUGCUGGCCCAUGUGCGUAUCGCCCGGUGGUUGGCCUCCUUCGCGUCGAAUUCGGAGUUUGUCCUGGCCCCGGCCCCGCCGGCCGUGUGCCCGGUGGAUGCCGGCAAGCGGACGGCCAUCUCCGCGGCACUGGCGCUGCACACCCGCCGGGCCGCCGAGCAGCCCACCCUGAGUCGGUUUUCGUCGGGCGCCGGGCCGGCGGCCGUGGGCGCCCCUGGCGGGCAUGGGGCUGUUGUGGCGGCGGCCAUCGCCGUCGCCGCCGUCCACGGCCUCGAGGGCCCGGCCCUGACCGCCUGUCUGGCGGCCCUGGCGGCCGACCUCCCCCCGGGCAAUGCCAGCCCCCCGGGGACUUGCUUCGAUGCCUGGCAAGACCUACUCCUUGCCUCGAUGACCGGGGCCGGCCCGGAGGCUGACCAGGCGUGGUACAGCGGCGCUGCGGCGGCCGCGGCCGCGGCCACGGCCGCUGCCGACCCCGAGGCCGACUCCUCGGAUGCCGGACUAUCGACCCGCCUCCGGAGCCGGGCGUCACACUGCCUCUUCCGGUCCUUCAUCACGGCGCUCAUUCGCUUCGGCCCGGCCGAGCGCGUGGCCACCGUCCUGCCGCCGCUCUAUCAUGCGCACUAUCUGGCCCCGGAGCUGGCGGCUCUGGCCGUGUCUGCCGGCGUGGGCUCCUCGCGCGGGACCGGCGCUCUGGCCGCCCCGGCCAGCCAGCCGGCCGAACCGCACCUGAACAUCCUGUCCAUGUUCCCGCUGGUGAAUGACCUCAUGAAGCAGUUCUACUCGGACAUCAUCCUGGCCCUGCGCCAGCGCCGGUCCAUGAACAUGGUCGACUGCAUUCUGCAGCAUGCCGAGUCCAAGCAGGCGGAGUCCGGCUUCCUGGCUGCCGGCCAGCCGGUCAUCCCGAGCUUGGUGCUCUUUUGCGGGGCCCUGCUGCAGCUGUCCUUCGGCCCGUUCGAGCGCGACCCGGAGAGCGACCCCUCGACCAACAGCUUCGAGAGCACCCUCCCCCCGCUGACCUCCUUCCAGACCACGGUCCGGCACUAUUACGACAUCUUCCUGGAUCUGAUCAAUGCCGAGCCGGCCGGGGCGCUGAUCAUCCUGGACCUGCUGCUGCGACAUGUGUACCCGGCCACGGCGUUGCCCUUUGCCGAUCGGCUGGAGCCGCUGCCGGCCGAGCAGGCCCGCCAGGCCUUCCCGGAGUCUGACGGCGUGGGCCGGGCCUCUUCGCGUGGCAUGAUCGCCGAGAUGGCCGUCGGCUACUGGCUGGACUUGUGUCUGCUGACGCCGAUGCAGGCGGUGCGCUUUUGCCUGGUGGAGGCCCGGCCGACCGACAUGCCGGUCAUCGCGCCGUAUGCCGCCUCCGGUCCGGGGGCCGCCCCUGAGGAUGGCCUGACUGCCGGGUCGGAGGGCCGCCAGCGUGGCUGGUUUGCCCUGGUCUAUCGCGUGGGCCUCCAAUCUGCCAUGUGCAUCCUGCAUGCCUCGCUCGAUCGGAUGACCGAGCGCCUGGAGCUGACCUCCGUGUCGGAUGCCCUGUGUGCGGAGGAGCUGGCCACCGCCACCAGCAAGGUGGCCGCCCGCCGGGAGGAGCGUGCUGCCCGGCGCCGCGCUCGACUGCUGGCCCGUCGGUCGGCCACCGCCGGCAAGGGCGACGGCGACCGGCGCAAGCGCCCCUUCUCCGAGAUGUCGGCCGAGGACGGCCCGGAUCAGGGGGACGACCAGGCCACCGAGGACCGGGCUCUCUUCAUGAGCGACGAGGAGGGCCUGUCAGAUGAGGAUGCCGCGGGCGAGGCGCGCGAGGACGCCGAAGACGAGGAUGCUGACCAGCAUACCCUGCGCGAGGCGAAGGCCCGCUGUGAGACCAUGCAACAAAAGCUGCAAGCUGCGCGCCGCGAGUAUCGCGAGCUCUUCGUUUUCACGUUCUCCGAACUGUCCAAGGCAUGCUCCUGCCCGAACGCCACGGAGUCCGAGCGGCAGACCGCCCAGAGUGCCCUGCGCUCGCUGGUGGCCCAUUACGCCGCACGGCCGCUGCUCCGCCUGUCGGCUGCCACUUCCAGCUCGCCCCUGUCCUCAAUGACCCGGCUUCCGGAGGAGCUCUUCUGGUUCGAGCACUUGGAGACUCUGCCGGCGGACGCCACCCCGGAGGCCCUCCUGGCGAGUCCGGCCUCGGACACCGAGGCCGAGGCCGCCCGGCUGCCGGCCACUUGCAGGGACAUCCUGCCCGCAUUUGAGGCCACCAGCCCUGGCGGUAACCCGGCCGCCGCCCUGGCGCACAUGCUCAAGUACGCGGCCUACCUGCGCGCGCCACGGCCCUUCUCCUCGACCCUUGGCGCCCAGCGCUAGGGCGGGAGAGCGUGAUCGCGACUUUUCGCUCCUCGCCCGGCCUCCCUCCCCUUCCGCGGCGGAGUGCGGCAGACCCAGGGGGGGGGGGGGGG